AUGUUGAAGCUAAGCCGGGCCACUCAGGUCCAGAGGAAGCCCAAGGCUGAUGGCCUGAUCUGGAUGAUAGUGCAAGCAGGCCAGGCCAUGUCUGGGCCCCGACUUGGCCCCAUCCUUGGUCAACAAGGCAUUUCCAUCAACCAGUUUUGCAAGGAGUUCAAUGAGAAGACAAAGGACAUCAAAGAAGGUAUUCCUCUGCCCACUAAAACUUUUGUGAAGCCUGACAGGACAUUUAAAAUCAAGAUUGGACAAUACACUGUAUCCAACUUCCUGAAGGCAGCUGCAGGGAUUGAUAAGGGGGCCCAGCAGACAGGGACAGGGGUGGCAGGCCAGGUGAUCUUGAAGCAUGUGUGUGAGAUCGUCCACAUCAAAGCUCAGGGUGACAACUUUGCCCUGCAGAGCAUACCCCUGUCCUCUGUCGUCUACUCCGUCAUCAGCUCUGCCCAUUUCUCAGGCAUUUGCCUGGUGAAGAACCUCAGUUCAGAAGAGCUGGGUUUCUAGAGAUAGCGAGACUCGCUCCUGGCUGCUCAGAAAGAGGCAGAUUUGGCAACCCAGGCAGAAGCUGCCAAGCAGUGA